CCGAAUGCAACCAGUGUCAUGCAGUCGUUGCACCGAGUGCACGUGGAGAAGAUUGUUCAUGUGAGGGGAAAUAAAGAAAUCCGUGGUCAACAAGGGUACUAGAUCAUUUUAAACAUCCUAGGGAGCCAUAGAUAUUUUUUAUUCGAAAUGAGGUUCAAACGGAUCGGAAUAAUUGGCGCGUUUCUAAUUGCGACAGUAUGCCUACUAUCAGGGCUGAUGUAUUAUUUUAAUCAAGAUACUUGUCCUGUGGGAACUUUUCUCUGUUUCAACACCACUAUUUGUUUACCCCAAAGAAAUUGGUGCGACCAGGAAGUGCAAUGUCCUUUUGGCGAUGACGAACAAAGUUGCUAUGAUUAUCACGGUGUGUUGGACUGGUUUGGCAGCGACAGGGAUUCCGUAAGGGAUGCAGUAAGAGAAUCAAUUUGCGAUGCUACUAACACUCCUGCUGGAUGUAUGUACGUAAUGUGUCGUGCUACUUGUGAAAGAUACACCGAAAUACCGCAGAAUUUAUCUUCUGAAAUUACUUCGAUGACACUCUACGAUAGUUCGAUUAAACAUGUACCAAUGGGUGCAUUUGCAGAAUACCCAGAAAUUCGUAUACUGUAUCUUGAUAGUAGUGGUAUAAAAAUAAUAGAUAAAGGUGCUUUCAUUAAUUUAACCAAAUUAUUCUGGCUAGCUCUGGAUAAUAAUCAGAUCAGUGAGCUGCUACCAGGGCAUUUUACUGGAUUAAUUAAUUUGGAAUCUUUGAGAGCUAAUAAGAACAGGAUCACCGUGGCGGAUUUUUCAGAUUUAGAAGGAAGCAGUGCUCUAUAUUUCAUAAAUUUAAAUGAAAAUCAAUUGACCUCAAAAACACUGAAAUUGCCGUAUUUACCGGCGUUAAAUGAAAUAUUAUUAGACGAGAAUAAUUUUGAAUCGAUACCUGACACGCUGUUCGCUGGAUGCCCAGCAUUAAAAUCACUAAGUAUGCAGAAAAACAAGAUAAAGACAAUCGCAGCAGAUACCUUUCAGAAUCUGGAGCAAUUGAUCGAGCUUAAUUUGGCGUUCAACAACAUAACGACCGUCCCAUUGAAUGUGUUCCAGCCAUUAAAAAAUCUGACCAGACUCCAAUUAGGGUAUAAUUGUCUGCACAAUCUACCGAUGACGGUGUUGAGCCCUUUGACGAGACUUUACUCCCUCGACCUGGAGGGUAUCAAUUUGGAUGUGUUAGAGAAAAACGCGUUUGACGUGUUCCGGCAAUUGGACUUCGUGUAUUUCAAAAAGUUUCAUUACUGUGCAACCUAUGCACCAAAAGCAAAAAGGUGUAGACCUACCAGUGACGGUGUCUCGUCGUUGUCGCAUUUACUGGAUAAGACUUUGCUAAGAGCAUCGGUAUGGGUAAUAUCCUGUGUAACCUGUAUGGGCAAUGUGCUCGUUCUUUGGGGAAGAAUCACGGCUAAGGACGAGAAUCGUGUAUUAACAAUCCUCAUUAGGAAUCUAGCUGUUUCCGACAUGCUGAUGGGAUUAUAUCUGUUCAUAAUCGCCGUGGCGGAUAUGAUAUUCCGUGACAAUUACAACCAAGUUGCCAGUUCAUGGAUGUCAUCUUGGUCGUGUACAUUCGUGGGAGUCCUAGCGAUGACAUCCUUAGAGGUUUCAGUAUUGAUCCUGUCAUUCAUGUCAGUGGAACGAUACAUGCUAAUCGCGGCACCAUUGAAAGGUCACCGUACCAUGACACCGCAAACAGCAUCAGCGUCAAUGAUCAUCAUUUGGAUCAUAGGAAUUACCCUUGCUCUUGUGCCAGUGAUACACUGGCGAAGCAGCACAAGAUUUUAUGGUGUAAAUGGAAUGUGUUUCCCUUUGCACAUCGAUGAUCCAUAUUUAAUUGGAUGGGAGUAUUCAGCCUUUAUCUUUUUGGGUUUAAAUCUUACAGGGUUGAUAACAAUUGGAUACGUUUAUGCGGGUAUGUUUCUGAGCAUUUGGAAAACGAGACAUGCCUGUUCCUUGUCUGUCGGUGAUUCCGAAUUCGCAUUAAGGUUCUUCUUAAUCGUACUAACGGACGCGGCUUGUUGGGCACCGAUCAUCAUUCUUAAGAUCAGAGCAAUGAUGAAGUAUCCCAUUCCAGCGGAUCUCCAUGCUUGGGUUGUAGUUUUUAUACUCCCCGUGAACAGUGCAGUCAACCCCCUAUUGUAUACAUUUACCACCCCCAAAUUUCGGGAGAGACUGAGCGAUGGGUGGUUUGGAAAAAUGCGCAACUACGUGACACGGAAAGCAUCUGCUGAAGAUUCUCACGUAUCCACAACAAUGAGCAACAAAAAUAUAAUGUUAUCCUUAUCAAGUGGAAAUAACUGCGACAAUAAAAUUCCUCCCCUGCUUGGAUUCAGCAGUGGUAAAAUGAAGUCUGAUAAGCACGAUCAUAUUUCAUAAAUUCCACAUUGUAAAAUUAGUUUUCUGUUGCUCAGAAAUUCCAAAGAACAAACAUCUUUCUCUAUCAGAAAAUGUGAUUGGACUAGAUUAAAUUACGCUUCACUUGUUAAUUGAAAAUUACAUAGAACUUGAAUAUUAGAUAGGUAAGUUUUAUGAUACGCGAAUACUCCAAGUAUUAUUACAGUAUUAUACCUUAAGAGAAACAUUAUUUCAUAGUUGAAUAAAAUUGUGAUAAACGAUUACACUGAAUAUCCUAAUGUUGAAGCCUAUUUAUCUCACCGACGUACGUAGGUGUAUGUAAAAAUGGACUCCUCAACAGACAAAUUGCUUUAGCAUAACUGAAUAAAGUUUGCAAUCAACAGUUACACAAAUACUCCAUCAUUCCUAUGAUUGAUCUAACUCAUAGACAGAUGUAACGUUUGAUUUCUCGAAAAAUAAUUAAAGAAAUCAAGCGAACAUUCCGCGAACAUUAUGUAAUG